CUUUUGUAAUUUGCGGUAUUUUAGAAGAUUUAAUAGAUUACGUUUCGUAGAUCAUAGUUUCUAUUAUUGGCUCGAGGUCAUACUAUUUUAGUAUCUCGCUUGCACAAAUGGGCCUUUAGUAGUUAGUUUACAAUCCAAUAGAAUAAUGUGUUUGAAUUACAUACAAUUUGCCAGUUAAUUAAAAAUAAUUUUUGUAUUAAAUUUACGAAUCUUGGUCUAUCAAUAAAUAGAAAACUUUGAUUUAAUCGGAAUAACACGUUACAAUGUUUUUGAAAAACAGAUUUUUAAUCUUUACCAUUUUGAUAAUAUUCAAUACCUAUGAUGAAUCGAGUGCUGAAAGUGAGGCAGUUACAGCAGCCUGUAACGAACUAGGUGAUUGUAUCGCACAAAGCCAUCAAUGUAACAAUACUAUUGGUUUCUUCUAUAAUGACACAACUCAUGACUGCGUAGUAAAUAUCAAGCUACUGUUACAAACUUUGACUGCAAAGUAUGAUACUCAAGAUAAAAUGCGUUUAGAGGUCCUUCAAGUGUUUCAAGGCGUGAUAGUAUCUGUGAUUUUGUUUGUUACUUGUUCAAGUAUAUGUGUACUGGGUGCUUGCAUUUACUGUUGUCGCAUCAAUUACAUUGACUACCGUCUAAAAAAAGACGUUGAAGCGUUGGCUGCGAAAUUAAAAAGAGAUUGCAAUUUAAAAAGAAAAACAAUUAAAAAACCCACUCAACCAGUUUCAGAAAGCUGCAAUAUUGUAGUGGAAAGUGCAGGUGUUUACGUUGUUUAAAUAAAAAAUGAGUGUUUCUGAAAUUGUAAAUCGAAUUAUACGUUAUUUCUUUA